CCCACCAUGUCCGUCUCCAUUGAAGAGUUGGACGUCACAGUACGCGCCUUUUAUGAAGGUCGUGGCGAGUCUCAAAAACAAGCUCAGGCGACCCUCAACCAAUUCAAGGAAAAUCCCGAUGCAUGGCUUCUCGUCGACAAGAUCUUGCAGGAUGCACAGUAUCCGCAGACCAAGUAUUUGGGACUGCAGGUUCUGGACAAUGUAAUCAUGACUAGAUGGAAAGUGCUACCUCGCGAGCAAUGUCAAGGCAUUCGCAACUUCAUUGUCAACUUCAUUAUCCAGCUGUCCAACAACGACGACCGAAGCCAGAUCGAUCGAACCCUUUUGAACAAGCUCAACCUCGUGCUCGUCUCCGUCUUGAAACAAGAAUGGCCCCAUAACUGGCCAACCUUCAUCAACGAGAUCAUUUCUUCGUGCCACAGCAGCUUGCCAAUUUGCGAAAACAACAUGGCUAUCCUUCGAUUGCUCUCAGAGGAGGUCUUCGAUUAUUCGGAAGAUCAAAUGACUUCGGCGAAGCGACGAGAGCUCAAGCAGAGUAUGUGCGACGAGUUCACGUCCAUCUACCAGCUUUGCUCCGAAGUCCUUCGUACCGCGACCGAAGCUUCGUUGAUCAAGGCAACUCUCGAGACGCUGCUACGUUUCCUGAAUUGGAUUCCUCUUGGCUACAUCUUUGAGACGCCCCCAAGCGGUACUAGUCUUAUCGAGACUCUUCGAAGCCGAUUCCUCGACGUUCCCGAUUUCCGCAAUAUCACGCUCAAAUGCUUGACUGAGAUCGCUGGGCUGCCUACGGAACCUGCAUAUGACGACAAGCUUGUACAGAUGUUCACUGAGACGCUUACCGCUAUUUCAAAGAUCAUCCCUCUUACACUCGACCUGAAGAGUACAUAUUCUGGAAGCAACGGCAGGGACCAAGAAUUUGUGCAGAACUUGGCCUUGUUCCUCACCAAUUUCUUCACAGUGCAUCUCAACGUCAUCGAGAACUUGAUGAACAGGGAUUUCCUUACGCAUGGCCAUUUCUAUCUCAUACGGAUAAGUCAGAUUGACGACCGCGAGAUUUUCAAAAUCUGCCUCGAAUACUGGACAAAAUUGGUAUCUGAGCUGUACGACGAAAUGCAAGCCCUUCCGAUCACGGACAUGAACCCACUGUUGAAUAUGGGUCUAUCCUCCACGAACGGCGGAGCCAGGGACCCCGCUAUCCUGGCAAACUAUCCCUUGCGAAAGCACAAAUACGCAGAAAUUCUCUCAAACCUUCGCACCGUAAUGAUUGAAAAAAUGGUGCGUCCUGAAGAGGUGCUCAUCGUGGAAAACGAUGAAGGCGAGAUAGUCCGCGAGUUUGUGAAGGAGAGUGAUACAAUUCAGCUCUACAAAUCAACUCGUGAGUGCUUAGUGUUCUUGACCCAUCUGGACGUCAACGAUACAGAGCAGAUCAUGUCCGAAAAGCUUGCCCGGCAGGUGGACGGUUCCGAAUGGUCGUGGAGCAAUUGCAACACGCUAUGCUGGGCUAUCGGAUCCAUCUCCGGCGCAAUGAACGAGGAGACAGAGAAGCGCUUCCUGGUCACAGUCAUCAAAGAUCUUCUUGGUUUAACCGAAAUGAAGCGCGGCAAAGACAACAAGGCCGUCGUCGCUUCCAACAUCAUGUACAUCGUCGGACAGUAUCCUCGAUUCUUGAAGGCACACUGGAAGUUUCUCAAAACCGUGGUCAACAAACUAUUCGAGUUCAUGCACGAGACUCACGAAGGUGUGCAAGAUAUGGCCUGCGACACCUUCAUCAAGAUUGCGAACAAGUGCCGGAGGCAUUUUGUUGCGUUGCAGCCAGGAGAGACAGAACCUUUCAUUGAUGAGAUUGUUCGCAAUUUACGGAAAAUCACAGGCGACCUACAACCCCAGCAGAUACAUACCUUCUACGAGGCUUGCGGUUACAUGAUCAGCGCACAGGGCCAGAAGAGUAUGCAGGAGCGGUUGAUUCACGAUCUAAUGACAUUGCCUAACCAAGCCUGGGACAACAUCAUCGCACAGGCCAACCAAGACCCGUCUUGCUUGCAAGACCCAGAGGUGAUUAAGGUUGUAGGCAACAUCAUGAAGACGAACGUUGCGGCAUGCGGUUCGAUAGGAUCCUACUUUUACCCGCAAAUUGGUCGCAUAUACUUCGAUAUGUUGACCAUGUAUCGCGCCAGCUCCCAACUAAUUGACGAGGCUGUCCAGCGGGACGGAAACAUUGCGACUAAGAUGCCGAAAACUCGAGGCCUUCGCACCAUCAAAAAGGAGAUACUCAAGCUGAUCAACACUUAUGUGGACAAGGCGGAUGAUUUGGAGAUGAUCCACAACAAUAUUGUCCCGAAAUUGCUGGAAGCAGUGCUGCUUGACUACAAGAGCAAUGUCCCCGACGCCCGUGAGGCCGAGGUGUUGAACGUAAUGACCAGCAUCAUCAACAAACUGCAUGGAAUGAUGGAGGACCAAAUCAUGAAUAUCAUGGAUAGUGUAUUUGAAUGCACGCUCGACAUGAUCAACAAAGAUUUCUCGGAAUACCCCGAACAUCGUGUCGAGUUCUUCAAGCUUCUGCGGACAAUCAACCUUCGCUGUUUCCCUGCCUUGCUUCGUCUGGACGGUCGAUCGUUCAAGUUUGUCAUCGAUUCGUGCAUGUGGGCCAGCAAGCAUGACAACCGUGAGGUGGAAAGCGCUGGUUUAUCCAUGUGUUUCGAACUGAUCUCCAACAUGGCUGACACGGAUGCUCAAACCCGGAAUGGUUUCUUCCAGCAAUUCUUCACCACCAUCCUACAGGACGUCUUCUUCGUUGUCACUGAUAGUGAUCACAAGGCGGGAUUCAAGUCGCAGUCGAUGCUAUUGGCCAAGAUGUUUUGGCUGGUUGACUCGGGUAAAUUGGACAGCCCCAUUUACACAUCACCCGACAUGGCACCAGAAGGAACCCCCAACCGCGAAUUUCUUCGCAACUUUGUCGGCAAUCUGCUCGCGACUGCUUUUCCCAACCUUCAAACGGCUCAAAUCGCUUCUUUCAUUGACGGGCUGUUCGCCACCAACUCAGAUCUCAACCGAUUCAAGGUUAUUCUGCGCGACUUCCUGAUCUCGUUGAAAGAGUUCUCGGGCGAUAACGCGGAACUGUUUGCGGAGGAGCGCGAAGCGGCUGCUAGCAAAGUGAAAGAAGAGGAACGUCAACGGGCAAUGAAGGUGGGCGGACUGUUGAAGCCUUCGGAGAUGGAUGACGACGAAUUGUGA